AUGGGGACCUCUUCGCAAACCCGAGGCUUGGGCCCCAACCGCUCUGGGGACCGGAAGGAUGCUCGUUUGUCUUCCCACGCAUCUGAACAAAGUGCAAGCAGUCAUGUGGGAAGUCCAGGUAUCAACGGUUAUAGCGACCUCGACGGUGAUGAUUCUGGUUCCGACACCGACCUGCCGCCCCUGAGGACAUUGGAAGCUGCACCCUUGUUAACUGACCAUCGAGGGUUUUCUGGGGAAGAGAGCGAUUUUGACCAUGACGACGCGCUUGGGCAAAUUGAGGAUCAGGAAAAACCUGUCACUUGGAGCUCGCUACCGAAGAAGGGCCAGUUGGCGAUUCUGACCUUCGCUCGACUUUCGGAGCCCCUGACACAGACUUCUCUGCAGGCGUACAUGUUCUAUCAGCUCAAAUCUUUCGAUCCAUCUCUGCCAGACUCCAAGGUCUCUGCUCAGGCGGGUCUUCUUCAGGGCAGUUUUACCGCCGCGCAGUUCAUAACAGCUGUAUGGUGGGGUAGGCUUGCAGAUGCCGACUGGAUGGGUCGGAAGAGGGUGCUUUUGAUCGGAUUGAUGGGCACUUGCUUGUCAUGUAUAGGCUUUGGGUUCUCUCGCAACUUCGUAUCUGCAAUGAUCUUUCGAACGUUAGGUGGAGUGUUAAACAGCAACAUUGGAGUGAUGAGAACGCUGAUUGCAGAGAUUGUUUGCGAAAAGAAGUAUCAAUCACGAGCCUUCUUGCUUUUGCCAAUGUGUUUCAACAUUGGUGUCAUCAUUGGACCAAUCCUCGGCGGUUCCUUGGCCGAUCCUGUCAACAGUUUCCCCCAGAUAUUCGGCCCCGGAUCUAUCAUCGGAGGCAAAGAAGGUGUCUGGUGGAUGCAGCGCUGGCCAUACGCAUUGCCGAACGUCUUGAGCGCAAUUUUCAUCUUCGCAUCAGUACUCGCAGUUCUCCUCGGCCUUGAUGAGACCCACGAAACCGCACGUUACAAGAAAGACUGGGGCCGAAAACUUGGCAAGCGACUCACGAGAGCGUGGAGACGAAGACCAAGAUACUACCGCCCCCUCACACGCUCCCGAGACGACGACUCUGUCUACCAAGACGGCAGCGUGGAUGCCUGGUCUGUGCCGUCAAGCCCAGCCCGCUCACGCGUGCAAGCUCGGGUGCACAAGAGGCCUAGCUUCCGCCAGAUCUGGACUCGCAAUGUUCUCUUGACUCUAUUGGCCAAUUUCCUGCUCGCUUUCCACACGAGUGCUUUCAAUUCAAUGACAUUUGUGUUCUUGCCAGCACCCCGUGCCCCCGAGGACUCGCGGCAAGGAUUUUUCCAUUUCGGCGGCGGCCUCGGUCUUCCGUCCGCGCGAGUCGGUCUCGCUACUGCGAUCAUUGGACUCAUCGGCCUGCCGCUACAGAUUUUCUUGUAUCCGCAGAUACAAACGAAACUCGGAACUCUGACUUCAUUCCGCACUUUCCUUCCUUUCUCGCCUAUCUCUUAUAUGCUGAUGCCUUUCUUGGUGAUUCUUCCGCGCAUUCCGGCGAUUGUCUGGCCUUCCUUCACUUUCGUCGUCAGUCUGCAGGUUAUUUCACGCACAUUUAUUCUGCCUGCUGCUAUCAUUUUGGUGAACAACUGUGUCACGGAUGCAUCUGUCCUUGGCACAGUUCAUGGCGUAGCACAGAGCAUUUCCAGUGCGGGUCGCACGCUUGGCCCGCUACUUGGAGGUUGGGGGCUUGGCUUGGGCCUCGAGUACAACAUGAUCGGGGCAGUUUGGUGGGCGUUGGCUGCUCAGGCAAUGGUUGGAUGGGCUAUGCUAUGGAGUAUAUACGAGGGCAAGGGAAUAGAACAAAAGAAAGACGAGGAGGAGGAAUGA